CGCACAUAUCCGCCACACCCCUGAAAUCGCACCGCAGAAUUUUUUUUAUUCUGCGCAAAGCAAGAAGACAACGAAGACGACAACCAAACACAAAGACCGUUGUUUCGUUGGUUGUUUGAGCGUGUGGUGGUGGGCAUCAUCAGCAGCAUCAUCGAGCUGCAACAGCCAACCAGCCGGCAGCAUUGUAGCAGCAUUGAAGCGGUAGCAGCCAGCCAGCAUCUCAUCAGUUUGGUGAAGCUGCUCAGGUGGCUGCGAGGAAAGCAGACGCAGAAUAGUCAAAGCAAGCAAGUGAAGCAAACAAAGGGCGGUUUGCGUGAGAGAGUGUGUGUGUGAGCGACGCGGUUGGCGUGCUGAUUUGUUUGUGAGCUCGACCUUGUUUGGUGUGCUUUGGGAUUGACUGGUCAACCAUGGCGGAAGUGGACGCACACAUGAACCAGGAUGGCGACCAGAUGCUGCAGGGCCUGCAAGCUCUGGCAUCAGACCUCAAGACCUACGAGGACUCCAACGGCAUGGACGUCUCUGCACUCUCAGUGGACAUUGCCACAAAGGAGCUGACCAUGAUGCAGCAGGUGUCCAACCUGCUGUCCUCCAUGUCCACGGAAGUGUUGCGGCUCAAGGAGCAAGUCAACCAGCUCAACCUUGACAAGCAAUCCCUGCAAGAGCAGGUGGACGAGUUGAACGAGCAGCUGACACAGGCGGAGGUGGCCAAUGCAGAAAAGGACGAGGAGAUUGCCAGGCUUCAACGGCUUGGCCCACAACAACCAGACGUCGACAUCUCAGACCACCCAGAUGAUGUCAGCGAAAUUGCUGUGCCAGAGGACCUUGCAGACAACCUCUCAGAUUUGGAUCGCGCAGAAACAGCGUCACAGGCUGGCCGGGACGUUGCUGCGUCGAUGACGUCCAUGUAUGAGAUUCCACAGCGCCUGCGCACGCUGCACAACCUCGUCAUCCAGUACGCGUCCCAGGGCCGCUACGAGGUGGCCGUGCCGCUGUGCAAACAGGCCCUGGAGGACCUUGAGAAGUCGAGCGGGCGCGAGCACCCAGACGUGGCCACGAUGCUGAACAUCCUUGCCCUCGUCUACCGCGACCAGCAGAAGUACAAGGAGGCCGGCGUCCUUCUCUCAGAGGCGCUCAACAUCCGCGAACGCACACUCGGCGCCGACCACCCUGCCGUUGCCGCCACCCUCAACAACUUGGCCGUCCUCUACGGAAAGCGCGGCAAAUUCAAGGAGGCGCUGCCGCUGUGCAAGCGUGCGCUGGCGAUUCGGGAGAAGGUCCUCGGUCCAGACCACCCAGACGUCGCAAAGCAGCUUAACAACCUCGCCCUCCUCUGCCAAAACGAAAAGCGGUACGACGAGGUUGAGAAGUAUUACGAGCGCGCCCUGGACAUUUACCGCAAGACGCUUGGCCCCGACGAUCCCAACGUGGCCAAGACGCUGAACAACCUGGCGUCGUGCUACUUGAAGCAGCACAAGUACAAGAAGGCAGAGCUGCUGUACAAGCAGGUGCUCGCCGCUGCGCACGUGAAGGAGUUUGGUCCGAUGGAGGACGGGUCCGACUCGAAGGACAAGGCCGCGUGGAUGCUUGGCGUGGAGGCCACGGAGGGCGAGGACGGCCAACAGUCGCCGUAUGGGGAGUACGGUGGCUGGCACAAGGCCGCCAAGGUCGACAGCCCAACCGUCACCACCACGCUCAAGAACCUCUGCGCCCUCUACCGCAGACAAGGCAAGCAUGAAGCUGCGGAGAGUCUGGAGAACUGCGCAAUGCGAUUCCGCAAGCGCGCCCUGGACGUCGUUGCCAACUCCAAGGUUGCACAGAUGCUUGGUCCAGAGGCCGUUGCGUCGAUGGGACAGCCCGCGCAGCAGCCGCCACCAGACGAGCAAAAGAAAAAGAAGAGCAUCUUCUCUGUUCGCCGUACGCGUCGCAAGGACAGCUCCACCAGCGUCCACAAGUAACCUGCCAUACACACGCGAGUGGGCUGGGUUUGAUGUUGAGAAUCGUGGUGCGAUUGUGUUUUACUGGUGAGUUGAUACUCAGGCGACAAGUGUGUGGGCAACUGCAUGUUAUGAUGAUGAUGAGAUUGGUUGUUGUGCACAUGUGUAUGCGCGUAUUCGUGCUUGCAGCUUUGCUUGUGUGUGUGUGUGUGUGUGUCGUGUGUGUUCCUGCUGCGUUGUUGGCCUGGCAGUUGUGCUUCCUCUGUGAUGUUCGUACUGUAUGCGCGCGACGAGUGCAGUCGUGCUCGCAAUACAUGAAAGUAACAGCAAG